AUGUUAAACAAGGCAGUGGAAGCGGAGCCAUCGUACCAUCACCAAGCUGUGAACAUGACCAUGGCCAUCUUUUCAAGACGAGAGUCUAAUCAAUUUACCAUCACAAUUAAUUGCGAUGCGGGCAAUGAAUACGAUGGACCCAUGGGCUUGCGGGUAUCAGCAAUCUGUUUUUUUGGACCGUUCAUGGGAUGCCUUAUUCCUCUUUUCUUGAGCAAGCAAACUCUUUUCAAGGUUCCCAAGAUCUUCUUCUUUGUCAUCAAGUAUGUUGGCUCAGGCGUCAUCAUCGCUACGGCUUUCAUCCAUAUCCUAGCCCCAUCCAUCGCCGCGCUAUACUCACCCUUUCUUGACCCCGACAGCGUCAUCACUCAGUACCCCUGGGCGGAAGGAAUCUGCCUGAUAACCGUAUUCGCAAUGUUCUUCGUCGAGCUGUGCGCCCCCCACCACAGGCCUUCGGGGAUUGACAAAGAUCGUGAUUAUCACACUGGCGCCGGCGAAAUCUCCGCUCUGGACUCGGUGGAGGGGACAAAUCGUGAUGUUGAAGCUGAGGUCGGCACAACAGAAAGCAACAGUGCUGAUCUAGACAAGUCUAAUGAGCUCGCUGCUCAAUUGAGCACUUUAUUUAUUCCCGAAUUUGGCAUCAUCUUUCAUUCAAUCCUCAUUGGUAUAAUGCUUGCUGUAGCUGGAGAGGAGUUCAUCGUCCUCUAUGUUGUGCUGGUAGCUUAUUUGAGCAAGUUGUGA